AUGGCUCAACUGCGCAUCAUCCGCAGCCGCAGUAAACAGGCGCCCUCCAUCACCUCGGAGGAUCCCUGGCGCAAUGACAACCCUUUUGGCCCUCCCACCAUGACACGCUCAUUCUCCAGUCAUACCAUCCGACGUCUGCGAGAGGCCCUCGCCAAGUGGUCUCCGGCGUCCCUGGCCGAGAAAGAGCUCCUGCGCAAAAAGAAUCAAUAUAAGAUUCCUCUCACCCACCGCAAUGUGGAUAACUUUGUGACCGAACAACUCUGCAAUGAGGCCAUCCGGCCCAAUCAACGAACCCCGGAGAUUCAGGUGGUGGAGUGGCUGCAGCACGUUGCCUGA